UACAUGUUCAUUCGCCGGCUUUUCUUCCCUCAGUAGUCUUCGGUAUUCCUUGUGCUAGUGAAUGUUUCUUGUGGAUGUGCGCAGGUUCGAAGUAGGUACGGCGCGAGUCGGCUGGAUAAUCUGCAGGACAGGCUGUUUUCUUUUGCACAUACGCUGUGAUACAAUGGAAGACAGAUGUGCAGCAGUGAAUUGGACCCAGUACCAUGUGCAAAGUGCAUCUUACGUGCCGUGGUACCACUAUGCUCCACCUGCAUCAUUUUACCAGCAGCACCAUUCCUAUAACUAUGUCGGGCCUCAAGAAGGCUAUGGGGUUUAUCAACCGCAGUUGUGGGACUACCAUACCCGUGCGUGGCCAGACACUGCUGGUCAAGCCAGCAAGCAAGCAGCACCAGUGGUAGGCAACAAGAUAGAGAGAUCAGAAAGUGAAGCCUGUGUCCUUGAUGAAUGUCAUGACCCUCUGCCCAUGGACAUUUCACCACCCACAAGUCCUGCGCCCAGCAUUUCGACGAAAUCGCCCACCAAAUGUGCUGGCUCUGAACUGAAAAGUGAUCUUCUGUGUUCCAUCCCAACAAAACCAUCUAUGUUGACGACUAUGCAGUUUUCUUCCAUUAAGAUAUCCGAGACAUCAGCACCAGUGCUGUCACUAUUGGCAACGUGCAAUGCUUGCAUGAAGAAAAUGUUGGCGACAGCCACAGGAACAGGUCCUGUAAAUGAAUCGUGCACUUGUCCAAUAAAUCUAGAUAAAGCUAUUGACCAGCAGAAAAAGUCUGGUAGUUCAUCAAGGUAUGAAUCAUCUGAGGUGCAGAACUUUGAGUGUGAUUCAAUAAUGAAGCAGAAGCCUAAAGCAAUAACUAUGAAUGAUAUGGCAGAACCCCGAAAGCGUGUGGUGGUCCAACAAGUGAAUGGUGUGGCUAGGCUCAUUACUUUCUCUAAUAAAUUUCCUGUGUCACACAACGUGCAGAAUGCACAAUCAAGAAAUACAGGGCAAAGUAGAUUAUUCACCACACAUAAAGGGCAGCAAGGCCCCUCUUCAGCAGGGUUGAACUUUUCAAAGCAUUGCCUAAAGCAAAAGAGCACUGUCUCAAAAGAUCCCCGAAAGGCUUCGCCUAAAAUUGAAAAAGAAUGCGCAAAAAAAUUUGUUGGCCCAAGUAAGACUGCCUCAGCAUGUGCAAAGUCUUCGUAUACUUCUGCACAAACGCUCAAAAAUCGAAGUGCUCGUCGUAAGAGACAGCGUAUGAGGAAACGAGAGAAGUGUUUGCGCCUCUUGAACGCUGAGCAGAGUCUGACUGCAAAUAAAGUCUGCUCAUUCGCACAGCCUGCAAAUUUAGCAUCGACUGAUGCAGAACGGUUAGUGAGCAGCACUAGCAUGCAAAAGAGUUCUGGAGUGUCCCACAGUGCUACAGAGUCCGCCAACAAUAGUUUGGAGACUAUGCAAAGUUCAACAAAGUCCAGCAUAGACAUCUCAUCUCGGAUGUCUGAAGACAAACCUGUGAAGCCUAAGCGAGAAGAUUGUCGGACUGAUUCACUUUGCGCUGGGGACAUUCGUUCAAGUACAAGGACUGGCGUACUUUCCACCAAUGACAUGGUCGUUGGAGGAAAUGUGAUGGGCAUCUGGGAUGCACCAAAAGCAGAAGUUGACCGUGAACUGAUAACUUCUAUUGAAAUGUGUGUUGACCCAGAACUUGGUGGUUAUAUGGAACAUGUAGAUAGAUCAGUUUCGUUCAUAUCGCAACUUGAAAAGCUUGACGAAGGCUGGGAGUGUUUUUUUGACUGAUUGUAUUGUCUGCAUAUUUCACCCGGUACUGAUAUGGAUAUAUGUAUAUAUAUAUAUAUAAUCUUUUUUUAACAAUACAGAUUUUAUGGAAAAAAAGAGGCAUUACGUUAAGGCUCCUUUGGUCUUCGUAGGUGAACUCUGCAUCGAGACAGAUAUAGAGGCCACUACUGCUAAAUCGAUAAGAAUUAACCGACAAAAGCUCGUUAAUGUCUUGAUUUAAACACCAGAGCAGAAAGAACUGCAGGUCUUACAAGAUACACAAAUAAACUGCUUGUUUCUUUUU